GUACGUAACAUACGUCAUGUACAUCUGUACAUGUACAUACGCAACAUAAACAGAGAGGGCGAAACGAGGAAGUUAUGUAGAUGUGGUGUUAUUUGGGUGAAAUCUACAUUUGUUUGAUGAAUUUUUGGGGUUACCUAUUCGACAACAUCACCACAGACAUAGUGCUAACAAGUACCAUGGAUACUGUGGCAUUUGUACCACCACGGAUAGGCCAGGAGCGUUGAUGGUCGGCACAGCAUACGGCAGUAGAAUCCGUGUGUGGACAAUCAUGACAAUGUGGAUGUGCAUCAUGAAUUUAUUCUUCACAAAUUGUGUCGGCAUCUUAAAAAUAACCCCACGAUGUACUUGCCGCGACGUUUAUGAUUUUAACAGCAUAAAGUUCAGCAUUCAUGCAGUGCUGGGCUAGGCAUAUACCUUGGAUGAAUCAUACACAUGUAGUCGUGGUCAUUCCUAGCUUGUUUAAUUAAUUGUUGAUGUACUCAACAGCCAGCACAUGAAUGUACUGUCAAGUCUGAACCACCAAUGAAUAUAGGCCCAGGCCUAGCCUGCUGUACGCGUUCGGGUCACUGAUAUCUACUUCUGCUCCAUUUUUGAAUUAGGAAUUCAAAAAAUUGACUUGUGAUGGGGCAAAAAGUGAGUUCUAGUCCAAGAGUAAGGAUGAACUAUGGCGGUCCAAUUUCGCAUCAAGUAGUGCACGACCCAUCCUAUGCCGAUAGCGGACUUGGUGAACAAGAUAACUCACAUAGGCAUAGCCCAUCUGUGCAUCCUCACCUGGCAAUGGGGAGCAGUACAAGUCAAGCAAAUGGUCACCAAUCUUAUCAUCAACGAGGGUCUUACCCGAGCUCAACUAUGACAGGUAGUACUUCCUAUGCAGCGCCAGUACUAACAUCCCAACAGCAUUCCAGAAGCAGAGCACGGUCGCUAGGCAACUGUUCGCAUGAGGGAGCAAGCAGUAGUGGCAGCAGAAGUCUCAAUAUACCUGGGAUGAUGAUGGACUUAAAUAUUGGCCAGGAUUCAGACGACAGUUCUCCUGAGGAUAAUGUAUCAUCCCUACCCAUGACACGCAGUCGGGGCAGGACUUUCCCCUUCCAUGCCCAGUCACUACCGGCUCAUCUCUUCACUUCCUCACUUCUUCAAAAUGUCCAUCAUGUUCAAGGUAUAAAGUGCCCAGUCUGUUCGAAAUCUGUGCCAUCAGAUGAUGUUGAGUGCCAUUUGGUAAUAUGUUUGACCAAACCAAGAAUUGUAUAUAAUGAGGAUGUACUUUCAGUUGAUGCUGGAGAGUGUGUCAUAUGCCUUGAUGAUAUGCAGCAGGGUGACACUAUAGCAAGACUACCGUGCCUAUGUAUUUAUCAUAAAAGUUGUAUUGACAUGUGGUUUGAGAGGAAUCGGUCAUGCCCUGAGCAUCCAGCAGACUAGGUCAGCAGCCAUAUUGUUUGCUCAUCCAAUUAAUCAGGGAAAUGGUUGAUGAAUCAUAUGAGGUGGAGAAGACUUCUGUACAUAAAGUUGAACAGUAGUUUCUUGUGGCCAAAAUGGAGGUUUUGUUAUUUUUAGUACCCAUGUACCUGCUUGUGAAAAUGCACGUUUGUGCAGCAUAGAGUGAUACAUUUAACUGAAACAAGCCUCUUGUAGUUGUCUGAAUUCAAGAAUUGCUGACGGACUUUUUACCCUUUUCAUGUUUUAAGGUAUUUGUGGAAAAAUACUUACGACUGAAUAUCCAGUCACUGAUUUUUCACUGGAUUAUGGUUGAAACGUUGAUUUGGUUAUUGCUUAAAUUUUUUUUUUUAUACUCGUCACACCUUGAACAAUAGAGAUGAAGCACCAUAUUCGAAGAUAUGCAAGUGCUGGAGAUAAGUGGUGACCAUUGUUUAAUAAUCGUUGGAUGGAUAUUUCUGAAUUAUCCCGCAGACAUAUUGUUAAUCCCUUCCCCAUUUCGCAAAAACUAUUAGGGGUGCAGACCUGCAAAAUCAACUCCCAUAGACCCCAACGGUAAUCAAGGGUACUUCCAAAAAUUAUU